AUGGGCACCAGCACUGUGUCGGGCAUCGUGGAGGAGAUGUGUUCUGCCAUCUGGGACGCCCUUCAGGGGGAGUUCAUGGCCUUUCCUUCCCGCGAUGUUGGCGCAUACGGGCGUGAGAGCAAUGGAGGUGUCUUGGGUCGCAGUGCCUUCGGAUCCAGACUGGCAGAGGGCAACCUCAAUCUACACGCCCCUGCUGUCCUACCAGGCACCACAACGCCCAGUCCUUAUUUUUUUCUGGGGGAUGAGGCCUUUCCCCUACAGGUGAACCUGAUGCGUCCCUAUCCAGGUACUAACCUGCAGGAUAGGAAGCGCAUCUUCAACUACCGACAGGCCAGGGCGAGACGCGUAGUGGAGAAUGCCUUUGGCAUAUUGGCUGCGCGCUUCCGAAUCUUUGGCCGUCCAAUUGACUGCCAACCUGAAAAGGCGGUGAUGAUUGUGAAGGCGUGCGAGGCUCUCCACAACUUCCUGGCAUCCAUCGAACGAGCCAGAUACAUGCCCGCCUCCUUUGUGGAUACGACCGCUGACACCGGAGACGUCCAGCCUGGAGAGUGGAGGCAGCAUGUUGAGGGGGUCGACGGACCACGGUGUUCGGUCGGCAGAGCCAGACCAUCUCAGAGAGCGGCCCUUAUUUCGGAGCUCUGGGCCGACAUGGUGUUUUUGGUGCAGUGUGAGGUAUGA